UAAAAUUAGCCACUAAAUACGUACUUAUGUUGUAGCAUUUUAUGCGAUUCGCCCGAAUAUUACAAAGGCUCGCGGAAUUUGUGGCGGACAUCAGCGGAUAAGAGGCGGAGGCGGCGGGGAGGAGGAGUGGCCUGGAUAAUACCCAGAAGAAAUGGUAGGCGCCGCCGCGGCGACACUUCGACCACGUCUCCUCUCACCGUUUGUCGGACACUGUUCCUAUCACCAAUCAACGCAACCCCUACAUCACCUCUUUCGCCACAACCCAGGUCAUAAACAUAUUUCUAUGCGAUUAUCAAGAACAUUCACUGGAAUAACAAAUCUUUUAUUCAACAGAAGAACUACAGAUGAAUUCCAAGACAUGACACACAAACGUUUAAAACCUGGAAAAUUGUCCCCUAAACGCCUUGUUCCUGAUCAUAUACCAAAGCCUCCUUAUGUUGAUUCCAUGAAGCCACCUGGAAUUAGUAGUGGACCUCAAAUUCAUGAUGAAAAUGGUAUAGAAUGUAUGAGAGCAGCUGGGAAUCUUGCUGCACGAGUUCUUCAGUAUGCCGGGACAUUAGUAAAGCCAGGUAUUACAACAGAUGCAAUUGAUGAAGAAGUUCACAAAAUGAUUAUUGAUAAUGGAGCAUACCCUUCACCUCUUGGUUAUGGUGGGUUUCCAAAAAGUGUAUGCACUUCAGUAAAUGAAUGUAUUUGCCAUGGGAUCCCUGAUUCACGUGAACUGGAGGAUGGUGAUAUUAUCAACAUAGAUGUUACUGUCUAUCUCAAUGGUUACCAUGGUGACACAUCAGCAACAUUCUUUUGUGGAGAUGAUGAUAAGGCGAAAAACCUUGUGCAGGUAACUAAAGAAAGCCUAUACAAAGCAAUAUCGGUAUGUGCACCAGGAGUUGAGUUCAACAAAAUUGGCAAAAUCAUAAAUGACUAUGCAGAUGAACAUCGUUACGGUGUUGUGGAACAAUUUGUUGGUCAUGGGGUCGGGCGUGUAUUCCACAGUGACCCAGUUAUUCUACACUACAGGAACAAUGAACGUGGACGCAUGAUAUUGAAUCAAACAUUCACCAUUGAACCGGAUGUUGACAAUGGGUAGCAUACACCCAAUAAUGUGGGAUGAUAAUUGGACAGUUGUGACAGAGGAUGGAAGUUUAUCGGCACAAUUUGAGCACACACUUUUGAUAACUGAAAAUGGUGUUGAGAUACUAACACAAUGUUAAUUGUAUUUGUGGGAUAAUAAAUUAAUAAGCACAACCAUUUCUUCAAACUUUAUUCGUUAUAUAUUGUUUGUUUUAAUGUUUGUUAGGGAACAAUUUGUAUAUAUUAUA